GAUAGACAUUUCCGGCCCAAAAUAAAUGGCGGUCAGGAAAGUUCGAAAACUUGCACAGUAAAAGUACAACCACUCUCGAUAGCUUCUCAUUUGGAUUAAUCACUGGAUAUAUACUUCAAUCGGAGUAAAAAUAAACCAAGUUUAGAUACUAUACGAGUGUCUGAAGUGUUCGGAAAGCUAUUUUAUCGUCAAAUUUGUGAAUAAAUUUUGGGUGCCGAUUCUGACCUGGAUUUUACUUCCCAAUAAAUGUACCUUGGAUUACUACUGUAGUUUUUAUCAAUACAGCAAGCGGAUAACUGUACGGAUAAUCCAGCAAGAUGACGGAAGAGGAAGUCUUAUUUGACGCAGAGUAUGAACUUUGUGAGGUGAUUGGCAAGGGUCCUUUCAGUGUAGUCAGACGAUGCAUUCACAAGAAAACUGGCCAACAAUUUGCAGUAAAAAUAGUUGAUGUUGCAAAAUUCACGUCAAGUCCUGGCCUAACUACAGAUGAUUUAAAGAGGGAAGCCUGUAUUUGUCACAAGUUGAAACAUCCUCAUAUUGUUGGCCUGUUGGAGACCUACAGUUCAGAUGGCAUGCUGUAUAUGGUCUUCGAAUAUAUGGAUGGUGCCGAUCUGUGCUUUGAGAUUGUACGACGUGCACUGGCUGGCUUUGUUUACAGUGAAGCUGUUGCCAGUCAUUACCUGCGGCAGAUCCUAGAAGCGCUGUUAUAUUGUCACGAGUAUAACAUAAUCCACAGGGACAUGAAACCCCACUGCGUAUUGCUUGCGUCAAAAGAAAAUUCUGCACCUGUUAAACUCGGGGGUUUUGGAGUCGCCAUUGAAUUAGAUGAUUCUGGAAAAAUAUCUGGAGGUCGUAUUGGAACCCCCCACUUUAUGGCCCCUGAGGUGGUACGAAGGGACCCCUAUGGCAAACCAGUGGACGUGUGGGGCUGUGGUGUGAUGCUUUUUAUACUACUCAGUGGCCAGAUGCCUUUUUAUGGGACCAAGGAUAGACUGUUUGAUAUCAUACAGAGAAGCCAAUAUACAAUGAAACCUAAAAUCUGGGAUAGCAUUUCCGAUGAAGCAAAAGACUUAGUACAUCGCAUGUUAGAAGUCGACCCAGAGAAUAGAAUAACAGUAGCUCAGGCCCUACAACAUCCUUGGAUUAAGGACAGGAGUGUAACCCCUAAAACCCAUAUGGCAGAAACAGUUGAAGAAAUGAAAAAAUUUAAUGCAAGAAGGAAACUUAAGGGUGCUGUACUAGCUGCCGUCUCCAGUUCAAAAUGGCUGAGUUUCUAUAGCGACCCGAUGAUGAUGAAUGGUUCAAAUAUGGCAGAAAUGGCUGAGGAUGAAGUGACCUCUUGUGGUAAGUUGAAGGACUAA